UUUAUCUCGUUUCAGGUGCAGACAUUUUCAGAGCAGCACGCACAGAUCUAUUGCCAGUUUUGCCCCUCCAUCAUCGGAUAUACAUGUGUUAAAUGUAUUUGACAUUAGAGUCGCUCAGACUAUUUUUGUGGACUGUCUACGCUUGUUUACAAUUAUUGUUACGCGAACGAGGGAUGCAUUACGAUUGGAUUACUAAUCGUCAAUAAGUAAAUCGUCAAUACGACAAUACUAGGAUUGCAAAUUGCUACAAAUUAUGUACACUUUGACGAUCGCUUUCCUUUAGCACGUCCAAGUUAGAACCUUUCGCAAUGUAUGUGAAACCUCGUGGAUUAGUCUCGCUGUAAAAGCUCUCCGCUGUCGUCUGCAGUAUGGACGUGAAUGACACAGAGACGUACGACGAGGACGUGAACGAUCAGCCGGUCGACUACAGCAGAAAAUAUAUGGAGAGAAAUGCUCCGACGCAGAAUCAAUGCCUGGCCGACGCGAGCGGAUCGCAGGCGGGAUCGCAUACCGCGAAAGAGGAAUUCGACGAGUGCGAGGACAAGGUGGAUCUGUUCGGCGACUAUGCCGAGACCGAUCUCGAUCAGCCUACGGAUUACAGCCUGCGAUACGCCGAGGACGACACGGACGAGGAGGAGAAGCAAAACACCGAGUACUUUCCUGGCAGCGAGCAAGAGGAUACCGUCAAGACUUACUGCACAGAGGGAACGCCCUAUGAGACUCCCUUUAACUUCUCCACGGCUACCUCCAUGUCAGAUCUCCGGGUCGAAGACGUAAAGGAGCAGCACGUACUCGUGAAGAAAGUACCGAAAAAGACGACCGAAGCGGCCAACAAAUUAUCUGUGUCCUUCAUCAAACAGACUGAGGCACUUGAUUGCAACGAACAAGAUGGUCUAAUAGCAAAAGAGCUGGAGGAGGAGGAGAACUCAAAGGACACCACUGUUCUUAAUCCUGGACAAGUAACUCCAGAGAAGAUAGUGAGUUAUUAUGAGGAGGAGGAAACGUCCCGUGGCUUCUCGCGUGUCAAUUCGCUUAGUUCUUUGAGUAGCGCAAUGACUUCUCAGAAUAACAUUACGGGAAUUAUGUCGAAGGAAGAUUUAUCUCCCUCUGUAAAUAAAGAAGAGUUGGAGAAUGAUAAUCACAAUGUUGUGAGAUUGAAUAGCAGUCAAAUCGAAUUGUCUUCGGUGAGCGACAAUUCUUUUGAGAAUAAGAGUAGCCCACGUGUGCUAGAUAAGGAAGGAAAAAUGGUGACAUUUGGCGAAAAUUACUAUGCGGAAGAAACUCCUCUAAUGUUUUCACGCUGCAGUUCACUGGGCUCACUGAGCGGUUUUGAACAAUAUUCUAUCCAUGACGAUCGUAGUUCUGUGAUCAGUGACUUUAGCCGCAGGACCAGUGGCGUAGUUUCGCCCAGUGAACUGCCUGAUUCACCCACACAAACAGUUUUACCGAGUCCACGUAAUCAUAAAACUCAGAACACAGAAUUUAUAUCAAAGAUACAAGAAGAAGGUAAAGACACAAUGGACUUUGUCUGCGUGUCGUUGGCGGAUCUCCAGGAGGGGACCGCCUCCCGAGUCGUACAAGAAGAAGCAGUAAGACCGUCUGUCCAACAUUUAUUAUUUUCUAAACCACACGUCACAAGGAAUAGUGUUUUUGAAGAUGACAUUGCCACGUUUAAGGAAGAAUCAACACCAAUUGAAUUUUCUAGCGCAACCAGUCUGAGCUCUCUUACGAUUGACGACGAGGUCAAAAUACCUAAGGAUGAUAAUAAAACGUAUUGUACGAUGGAAAAAACAUUUGAUAUAAAUGAGAAAGAUGUUCAUAUACUCGAGAGAGAUAUGCUUAAUAUGAAAAUAAGUAGCUCAGAGAGCAAUGUGAAAGAGGAACAAGUGAGUGACGGCGAUGAAGACGAUGAGGAUAUGUUGGCUGCCUGUAUUAACAUGGGAAUGCAAACCAGCAGAUAUAGGCAGUUUCUGAACGCUCCGAAAUCUGUACAACCAGAAUCGCCGAACAUCUUAUUGCCAUAUCGGAGAAAUACUACCCCAAGCAGAUUAGAGUCACACACGACUCCUAUUAAAACUCCUGUUGGUACUUCAAAGAAUAGAACCGCGAUGGAGAUUGUUGCUUCAGACACUGUACAUGUAUAUUGCACGGAGGACACGCCUGCAGAUAUCUCCCCAGUAGGAUCUCAAUCCAAUCUGUCUGCCCUCUCAAUGCCAAGUGUACAGGAAGAUAUAGAAAAAAUGGGGUGCGAGCAAGACAAAUCAGUCGAGAUUGAUUGCCACAGAAAUGACUUAUUCGACGAAAAUUCCAAUCUUUCGGGUGAAGAUGAAAAAAUAUUGGAUGAAUGCAUUCAAUCGGGUAUACCUAAGGCGAGGCAAAUAACUCCACCUCCAAAUGGCAUUCUGUUUGUCAAAAAAUCUGAAACACUAUCGCAUAAGUUUAACAUAUGUGGUACACCGUCGUCUUCUCCCGUUGAGACAAGUCAUGGAAACAAAAGUUCCAUAUUGAGUCCUAAGUCACCGGGUAGCGCGUCAUUGAGACAUCUGGAUGAAUUUUCAGACGACAGCGUGAAUCAUUCAGACGACGAUGCAAUUUUGACGGAGUGUAUACAAUCUGCGAUGCCAAAGGCAAGAUUUAGCUUAUCGCCGUCAAUUAGAUCGCCGUUAGGACAAACUGCGGAAAAUCCUACGACGAUGAAUAUGCCGUCCUCCACUUCAUCAACAUUUUUUCAGCCAAGAUAUAUGGAGCAAAAAAAAGGCACAGCGAAAAAGUGUUUGUCUUUCGAAGACAAUGUUGGACUUUCUGAAGAGGAAGAAGAUAUCAUGUUAGCACAAUGUAUUAGGUCUGGUAUGCCAAAAAAACUAAAUUCCAUGCUAUGUGCAACAAUGUCAUCUACAGCCAAAAAAUCGGAGCCAUCUCUGAAAGCUGCAGACAAUUUUUCCAUCCCUUCGGCUUCUUACUUUGCGAACAAGUCCCAUUCUCCCAGAAAUACCGCGCUGUACUCACCAUUGUACAAAUCUGCGAGUAUCAACACAACGGAUGCACGUCUCGUCAGAAACGUAUCCGGCAAUUUUAACUACUUCCCCGGGAAAGCAACAAGCAGUAGUACAGCACAGACCUCUGGUGAGACAUUAAAAAAUUGUGAUAACGGUACGCGCGAGAGGAUAAACAAUUCGCCGCAUUGUGCACGAAGAUCGCCGCUUCGUCAUACGGAGAGUCAAAACGGUAAUUUUGUCGACAAUCUGUAUAUGCGAUCUCGCGAUAUGAAGUGCGUGCCGAUUUGCAAUAGGAUCCAAAACACCGACGGUUAUGCGUGUAAAAAUCAUAACCCGGUGAAAUCCAACACGGUGCCUUCGCGCCACAGUUCGGUAAAUUCCCUCAGCGAAGAAGGUUCGUUGAUUUCCACGGAAGAAUGGGCUCUACUGGAGUUGUGCAUCACUUCUGGUAUGCCCAGAAACAAAUGUCAUGUUAAGGGAACUAAACCUAAUGAAAGUGCAAUCUCCAACGGUCAUGAUGACUGCGAUGAGCCGAUAUCGGAGGACAAUUAUUCGGUGUGCAGUUACAAUUCUUAUGUUUGUAAGACAUAACAUGCGGAUAUCGCAUGUAUCAUGAUAGAGUUUCUUUUUCUUCCUCUAUCUGACAAUUUGUAUAUAUACAUAAUACAUACUUAAAAAAAGACUGAAUAUUUUUGUAUGUUUAUAAAAGAUGAUUGUAUUUAAGAUACUUAAUUAAAAAUCCCUCUAUGAAUUGA